CCGCAACUCAAUUCCAACCAGCACAACCUGGCAAUCAACAUUCAAAUAGCCACACAUAACGAAACAAGGAUGGACCCCGACGCUAGCAUCACCCCGGACCAACCCCCGGUAUUCAACUACAUCCUCUCCUUCCUCCUAGUCGGCGUAGCAUGGGGCUUCACAACCCCCUUCAUCCGCCGCGCCGCAGCCGACUUCAACGCGCGCCAGGAGAAACAACAACACUCGCAGUCACAGCCUCAAGUACAAGCAUCACCGGAACCCGAAACCAACGCACAAGAACUACAGCAAACCAAUACGGAACACGAACCCUCAGACGAAGAUGAAGAUGAAGACCACCCCUUACCAGCAGCAGGUACACAACAACAACAACAGCAGCCCGCCUGGAUGCGCCACCCAUCACAGUCAACAACAACAUCAGGCUGGCUCAAGACGAAAACCACAACGUUGUUCUGGACGGUCAUUAAUCUUCUCCGUACGCCGGCGUACUCAAUUCCCUUGAUUAUUAACUUGACGGGGAGUAUUUGGUUCUUCCUUCUUGUUGGGAAACAUGAACUAUCCCUGACGGUUCCGUUGGCUAAUUCGAGUGCAUUCCUCUUCACGGUUCUGGGGGAGUGGUACGUUGAACGAAAGGUUAUUGAGAAGGAGACUUGGUUAGGGAUGGGGCUUGUUUUAGGGGGAAUUGCUAUUUGUGUUAAGUCGAAGAGUUGAGGGAGAGAUAUAUACUAGUCUGGGGUAUAUAUGUAGGUCUUUAUUGUAUAUGAUACCUACUGG